CUUCCGAGGACGAGGAAGAGGCGGAGGCAAAGCUUUAUAACCUCGGGAGAAAAGCCGAUCUCAUCACCAAGCUAUCAUCAGUUGCAGCAGAAGCCGAAGCUGCAAGGGCGGACAGCCUUCUCGCAGCUUCUGCAGCUUCUUCCUGUCAGCUCGAAACGUUCGAGACUUUCGACCUCUCAAACGCAGCAUUGUGGGGCACGAAGUCUCUGAACAUCCAAUCGGAUUUGAUUUGUUUGCUUGUUGUCAAAAAAUUAUUUUCAGUCGACUGUGACUCCUUCGUUUCUGACUAUGGCUGCUUACAAACACGAGAGGGCCACCGGCCCGGCCACAGUUCUAGCUAUCGGGAGAGCCACUCCUCCAACAGCGUACCCGCAGAGCGAGUAUCCGGAUUUCUUCUUCAACAUCACCAACAGCAACGAGAAAACUGCUCUGAAAGCCAAAUUCGCCCGCAUUUGCCAGAAUUCCGGCAUCAAGCAGCGGUACUUCCAUUGCACGGAGGAGAUCCUGAAGGCGAAUCCGGCGAUGUGCACCUACAAGGACGCGUCGCUGGACGUCCGGCAGGACAUCGCCAUCCGGGAGGUGCCGAGGCUGGCGGAGAAGGCGGCCGUCCGGGCGCUGGAGGAGUGGGGGCGGCCCAGGAGCGAGAUCAGCCACGUCGUCUUCGCCACCACCAGCGGCGUCAACAUGCCCGGGGCCGACCUCACGCUUACGCGGUUGCUGGGCCUGAACCCGAGCGUGAACCGCACCAUGCUCUACCAACAGGGUUGCUUCGGGGGAGCCACGGUGCUCCGGGUGGCCAAGGACCUGGCCGAGAACAACAAGGGCGCGCGCGUGCUCGCCGUGGUCAGCGAGCUCACGUGCGUCACCUUUCGCGCGCCCAGCGAGGAGCACCUCGACAACCUCGUCGGCUCGGCCAUCUUCGGCGACGGCGCCGCCGCGCUCAUCGUCGGGUCCGACCCGGCGCCGAAGGUGGAGAUCCCGCAGUUCGAGAUCCACUGGUCCGGCGAGACCAUCCUGCCGGAGAGCGACGGCGCCAUCGAGGGCCGCCUGACGGAGGCCGGGCUGAUGUUCCACCUGCUGAAGGACGUGCCCGGGCUCAUCUCCCGCAACACGCUGCCCAUCUUCGAGCGGGCCGCGGCCGUCGCGGGGUCGCCCGGGUGGAACGAGCUGUUCUGGUGCGUGCACCCGGGUGGCCGCGCCAUCCUGGACGAGGUCGAGAAGGCGCUGCGCCUCAAGCCGGAAAAGCUUCAGGCCACUCGCGAGGUGCUCCACGACUUCGGCAACAUGUCCGGCGCCAGCGUGCUAUUCGUGCUCGACCAGAUGCGCCGGCUCUCUUCUGCCGCGACCGCCGCCACGUCCGGCGAGGGCCACGACUGGGGCCUCGUGGUCGCCUUCGGGCCCGGCCUGACUGUCGAAGUGUCCGUCCUCAAGGCCGUCCCCGCGAGCUCCGCUUGAUCCAUUCCGCCGACUUCAUUUACGUACAGUUCCGUCUGCACGGGCAUAGUCAGAACCAAAACCGCCGCGAGCGUAGUCGUAUUCCACAUACCUUCAAUUCUUCUGUGAAAAAUAUCUCUAGAGAUGCUAGAGGAGUUCGUUAGCUACAAAUUACGUGAAUGAAUUCAUAAAUCCUGUGGGUAUAAGAAGAUAUCACAUUGAUCUCGUGGAGACAGGAAGGAAGCGUAGAGUAGUCACUUCAUUUGUAGAAAUCAUUCGGAACUGAGCCAUUAUUUCUUGAACCCUCAAGGUCCUCAAGAGUAGGAUGCACUUGCUAGAUUUGGGGAAAAAAAUUGCACAUAUAUUUUUUAAGUUGUUAUGAAAAAAUUUAUGAGCCAAAAAUUAAACAUCC